GCCAAGAGAACUGCAGAAAAAUUGCAAGACUCUUAAGACAUCGGAUCCAACUGGAGUCUCCAGUUGCUGUCUACACUUUAUUUUUAAAACUGCAUUAGUUUUAAAAUAAAUAGCAGUGAUGAUGUUCUAAUUAAAGGAGAGUCUUUUUAGAUAUCGACGAGUGUGCUACAGGAAAAGCCAACUGCAGUGCUGAUGCUGUGUGCAACAAUACUAAGGGAUCGUACAACUGUGCAUGCGAAAAAGGAUACUAUGGAGAUGGAAAUAUCUGCCGUUUGGCUUCGACGUGUAAGGAAAUUUUCGACCGGAAUGUGUCGCAACGAAGCCAAGUAUACCAACUGAUGUUUGGUUCACAAACGAUUCCUGUUUUCUGUCACAUGGGAAACUUUGGAUGUGGGGAUGGAGGAUGGACGCUGGCCAUGAAGAUUGCCGGCACGCAGAGAACUUUCCAUUACGAUUCCCAAUUCUGGAGCAACAGAAAUGCCUAUAACUUUGCUGGAGGCAAGACUGGCUUUGAUUCCCAAGAGACUAAGUUACCAACCUACUGGAACACAUCCUUCUCCAAGAUCUGCCUUGGUACGAAGAUUGAUCAUCAGCUCAGGUUCAUUGUCAUCCACAGGCACGCCAACUCACUGUUCUCACUGAUCGCUGAUGGGAAAUACCGUGCCACCUCACUGGGUCGUAACACGUGGAAGUCGCUGGUUGGUCCACGGGCUUCCUUGCAGCUCAACUGCAAUAAGGAAGGAUUCAAUGCAGUGGGAGACAGCCCUAGUUUUUCCAAAGCAAGAAUCGGCAUCACCGCUAACCAGCAGAAUGACUGUUCCUCCUGUAACUCACGAAUUGGUUUUGGCACAGGAGGUCGAUAUGAUGAUUCCAACACGUGUGGAAAUCAGGCAACGCACUCGCCAGAUAAUGGAAACAAGCACAUCAAAGCCAUGGGUUACAUCCUAGUACAGUGACAGGAAACCCAGCCCAACUUCCCAAAUUUUAAGCCGAGAGGCCAUCAUGAAGAAGAAAAUGUAGUGUC